AACACUUUUAAGAGACGGUCCUGGCGCUUGCUGGUCUUUCUUGGUAAGAGUUUCCGUCUGGACUACCGACUGGAGGAGGAGGUGACGAAGUCCUGUCUGGACAAACAUGGUCACUGGACAAACCCCUGGCCAACAUGGCGCUGGUUUCCAUCCUGCUCUAUGCUGUUCAGAUUUCUGGUGCUGGAUAAAAAUCACAGCAGUGAGCCAACAAGCAAAGAGGUCCUGGACGGUGAACUCCCAGUAUUGGAGCCCCACUUUGUCCAGAAUCCAGAAGCGUCGGACCCUCCUGCUGGCAUGAGGGUCACCUGGCUGCUACAUGCUACAGUUCCGGUCGAAAUGGAGGGGGUCAACAUUCUAUGCCAGAAAGCAUCAUUUCUUCAGUUCAUGGUGCCCAAACGAUACAGAGGAACAGGUUGGAAGGUCUUUCAUCCUCCGAGGAAAGACGCCGUCCUCAUCAGCUCUCAUCACGAUCACCUGGAUGCUGGAUCUGUUGCCAGCCUCAAUGCUGGCAUGUGUCCCAAAUGGUUCGGACCCCUGGGUUUGAUGGACUGGCUGGCCAAGAUGGGCAGUGAGAACGUGAUGGAGGAAAACUGCGUCCCGGGUCACAACGUCACGUUUGUCUGACACUGGAGCAACCGGACAGCGUGGGAUGAUAACAGGUCUUUAUGGAGUAGCUGGUCUGUUUUGGGUCCCAACCAUCGAUUCUUCUUCGCCGGCGAAGGCUACUGUCCGUCCUUCCAGGAGAUCGGACGCCGCUUUGGGCCGUUCGACCUCGCAGCAAUCCCAAAUGGAGCGUACCUGCCCAGGGAUGUGAUGAAGGGACAGCAUGUGGAUCCAGAAGAGGCUGUUCAGAUUCAUCAGGACCUUCAGGCCAAACUCACCUAUGAGAACUACCUGGAGCCGACGGGACUGAAACCAGAAUCUUUCUUCACUUUGCUUCACGGGGAGUCCCGGCUCAUCGCCGCACAAGACAGAGACGUCUUCGACUGUCUGCAAAAACAAAUAUUUCAUUAAAAGACUGAAGAUUUGAGCUCAGCCUAAAUAAAAAUGAAUGUUUUAUGGUGCAUAUAUUAACUGUUUGGCAUCUCACAGCUGCAGGAGUUGUAAAUACAACAGUUUGUACAAGUAGAUAAGACUUUGAUCUAACGUGAUUCACUUUCAGUAGUAUGAUAAAAUAUUACUAUUGCAGACAUGAGAGGAAGAGAUGACUUACAUGCUGAUUCUCAGAGUUGAGGCUUCAGGGGUUUUGCUCUCUGCCUCAGAACCCUUUGGAUCCUGAGGAGGAAAAACAAAGCGAGGUCAGAGCAGAAAAGGCUUCACAGGACAGGAUUUAAAGUUAAAACCCAUCCCUUCUCUCUGAGAAGCUACGUUUUUCAGAUUGUGUUGGUUUAAAACUCGAGCUUCACCUUUCAACUUUGGACUCCUACAUGAAGAGUGUUAUUGUUUGAGAUGAGUGCUGCCAUAUAGGAGUUUKGUUUUGUUUUCUGAAUGUGCUACAGCCAAUCCAGAACUGCUACCUGUGAUGUUUACUUUCAACUGCAAUAUCCUGAGAGACUUUUUGUGAAGAAAAAUGUGCUGAUGUUGAGCUGGGCUCAACUGCAAAGUGCUUUUGUUGCAGCUUCAGCCAUUUUUUUUUCUUUUUUUGUGCUGUGAAAACAUCAAAGCUGCAUAUCUUUUCAACAGUUUUUCUCCAAAUUUCGAAGAAUUUCGGUUGUAUUUUCUUUUAUGGAGCAAAAAUAGAGUUUUGGCAUUACUGUGACAGAGACUUUACUGUCUCUUACCCUGAAUGUAAAACAGUAAUAGCACAACAUUGAACCCACUUACUGCAGAAACAUGUGUGAGCCUGAACAGCCAGUUUGCUUUACACUUCAUCACUUUCUGUAAAGGUCACAUUAAAUACACUAUUCUAGUUAAAUGCA